AUGCCGUUCUCCACGAAGCGAAUUAUUCGAAAAGAGCUAGCCACCUCUACUGGCAUCAAGAACGCCGCUCUGAUGCGAAAUCGCUACUUAUUGCGUCGAUCCAACCCAUCUUCAGCUGCCGACUCGUGCUGGGAAGGGCAGUCAGACACUAACUCAUUCUCCGACACGUACUCGGACCCCGAUACUGAGGCGGAUACGGAUAUCAAUAUCGAGCUAAGUACGGGCGAAGAUGCUGGUUUCACCUCUGAGCAGGAGCUAGACGCGGAUCUAGACUCUGAAGCUGAAGAGAUACUGAAGGACAUUGCUCAAUUGAGGGCGGAGGGGCCAGCAAAGCCAAACCAUACCCCUCAUACGAUAAAACUUUGGAAGAGGGAAGGCGACUUCUGGGAAAGAUACUGCUCCAAGAUUAUGAAAAAGACUAAGAGGUCCCCAGAAGAACAAUUACGCGCAUGCGACCCAGAGGCAUUCAAAGCGUACCUCCGCUGGCGGAAGAAGAAUUCCCGGGUCAAGAAAGAGAGCUCAAUGCGGAGCUAUUGGAAAAGACUCAGCAUGUGCUACAUGGAUCUCACACGCCACACAAUGGACGCAGAUGUCCUCACCGACUGGAUUCCAUCCCUAAUGCUUGAUAAAUCCGAGAAGGAAAAGCAUGCCAUGUACGUCCAGGACCUCUACGCCAUCCUUCACGCACUCUGGGUAGAUGACACCAAACCCCUCCAUGGUUUUAUCCGAGUUCAGAUAUCGCUGCUUCUACUUCUUAGCGCUGCUACAGCGACGAGACCUGGAGCCAUCGUCGAAAGCGCAAGUGCUAAAGGCAGCAACAAGGCACUCUUGUUUAAGAACAUCGAACUUCUAAAGGUUCGCAGCGUUGUAGAUCCUAGCCGGAGCACUAUUGUGGCGAACGUUAAUCUUGAGAACGUCAAAAAUAAGGAAAAGGACGGGAAACCGCGCUCUUGA